CGCUCGCAUUGCAAGUACAAAACCAACAAGGAACUUCUCUCUCUCUCUGCGAUUUGAAUUUCUUUUUAAGAAUCAAUCGGAAAACCUAAAGAUUAUGAUCUGAUUGAUUGGCGGGUUUUCCAAAAUUGGAAAAUAGAUAAGGUUUCUUCUUGGAUCUUCUUGAUCCCUCUGGUAACGGAGGGGAAUUGCAGUUGAUCGAUGAUGGGAUUUUGUAUCUGCCCGUUGGAGUCACCGGCGAGAUUACUAUGGAGUACAAGCUUCUUCCGUCAUAAGAUCAUGAUCUUCUAAUCCUUGUCUCUUUCCAUCUUCUUAAUCCUCUCUUGCUUUCUCGAUCUGUUGUUUUUAUUUCUGUUAAUCAAUGGAAUCCAAUUCGUUUUUCUUCGGUCCAUCUGCUUCACAUGGCAACAACAACAUGUUCUUCCUUGGGAAUCUCAAUCCCGUCGUCCAAGGAGGAGCAAGAUCGAUGGAGGAAACAUCAAAGCGAAGGCCCUUCUUUAGCUCCCCUGAGGAUCUCUACGACGACGACUAUUACGACGACCAGUUGCCCGAAAAGAAGCGUCGCCUCACUACCGAACAAGUGCAUCUGCUGGAGAAAAGCUUCGAGACAGAGAACAAGCUGGAGCCAGACCGCAAGACUCAGCUUGCCAAGAAGCUUGGUCUACAGCCAAGGCAAGUGGCUGUCUGGUUUCAGAAUCGCAGAGCUCGUUGGAAAACAAAACAGCUCGAGAGAGACUACGAUCUUCUCAAGUCCACUUACGAUCAACUUCUCUCUAACUACGACUCCAUCGUCAAGGACAACGAUAAGCUCAGAUCCGAGGUUACUUCCCUGACCGAAAAGCUCCAGGGCAAAGAAGAGACAGCUAAUGAACCACCGGGUCUAGUGCCCGAACCAAACCAACUCGAUACGGUAUACAUAAACCCGGCAGCAAUCAAAACCGAGGACCGGUUAAGUUCAGGGAGUGUUGGGAGCGCGGUACUAGACGAAGACGCACCUCAACUACUAGACAGUUGUGACUCUUACUUCCCAAGCAUCGUACCCAUCCAAGACACCAACGCCAGUGAUAAUGACAAUGACCGGAGCUGUUUCGCCGACGUCUUUGUGCCCACCACUUCACCGUCGCACGAUCACGGUGAAUCAUUGGCUUUCUGGGGAUGGCCUUAAAAAACCAGUCGAUAAUAAAUAUAUUUCAUGUGUGUUUUAUUAAGUACAACAGUCGUCUUGUUGUUUCCAUGUUGACGAUAAUCGUGGACUCGUGGAAUAAUUCCGCAGUUCAACAGUAUUUUUAUCUGUUUAUGAAAUCACGUCCUAGUUCAAUGCAGUGUUCAGUUUUAAAGUUGAAA